UUCAAUAUUUUGAAGCGGUGAAUGAAAGGGGUUUAAUAAAAAUGUCUUUAGAUCAAUAGGAUAAAUCAUAUCGGAGUGCUCAAUUUUAGUAAGUUGGCCAACAAUAGUGGUAACAAGCAUUAACAAUAACGAUGAAAAGUGAACCCAUAGGCGAUUUUGAGUAAAAUUCUAUACACAUUUAUUUAUUUUCCCAAUUGAUUUAGUAUGUUAAAUCACCACUAAUUUGAAACUUUUAAACUAUUGCUUAAACUGUGAAAUUCUUGAUCUUCUCUGGAGUAGGGGCCGUCUCAUCCUCUGCUAGUAAAGUAUAGUCGGUCAGGGAUAUACAGGGUAAGGUGCACACAUAGACACUUACGCUUGUGUUAUAUUCUUUAGGUCAUCACUGUGACAUUUCCAAAUCCGAAAGCAUAAACUUGGCUGAGACUAGUUGAUCUGGGGGUUAGGGACUCAGAUCUUUUGAUCUCCAGCCUUUCAGGGAAGAGUUAUUUACCCCUACUAAGCAGAUGUAGGUUCCGUCUGCUACAAUUACAUCACACUAGGUGAGCUUGGUAGAUAUUUCUGUAUAAAUAGAAGAGGACAUUUCAAGCACUGCACAGUUCUGCUCAUCUAGUGAUAUUGACCUUCUGACCUGAACUUCUACCUGCUUACCUGAAGAACCAUUCACUACUCUACUUUCACUAUGGCUGAACAAUCUGAGAAGAGGUCUAUUAAUCGCAGACUUGUGUACUGUCUGCUGUGCCAAAAGCUACAGGAUGCGUUGUCUCAACACCUGGCCAAGGUCUGUAUGAAAAACAGCACACCACAAGAAAGAGCGUCUGAGGUGCAGAAGGCCAAGGAUUCCACCAAGAAUUGGGCCCGGACCAGGAUUUGGGAUUACAACCGUAUCUGUGAGAUGCUACCCCACCUGGAAUGUCGUUCGGCCCUGGUGAAGGAGCUUCUUGGGAUGGAGUACUUCAUCAGAAACAUGCCCCCUGAGACCAUGGCCAUACACUCUGCAAGUGACGACACCUCAGCAACUGCCACCAUAUGUGUUGGCACCUCUCCCCCCUCUUCACCACAAGGGACUGAUGACAGCGACUUGUCCUCUUCUGAUCUGGAUGAGAGGACAGGAGACCCUUCCUGGCAAAGUGUGCGUAUGAAAAUGAAAAAGGCGGGUCUAUAUUCAAAGUUUCCUGAUGAUGCCAGUCUCAUUUCGGACUUCAAAAGGUACGUCACGGACAGUCUCGGCAUCACCGACUGCCAAAAGGAGGUUGACAAAGUGUCACGCUUCCUGCGGUAUUUGCAGCCCAGGGGGGAUGAGCCAAAUCUGGACUUCCUCAAGAAGAGCAUAGAGACACGAGAUUACUUGACAAGAUUACGACUGACAGACAUGAGCGCAGUCACCAUUCUGAAGUACAUCCAGAACAUGAAACGGUUCGUAGGCUUCCUGAAGAUAAAGCUGGAUCUGGGAAAGGAAGGCGCAAAGCUCCACUCCAUGUGCCAAGCGUACAAGGAGCUGCUGCAGACACUGAGGAAGCUGGUUGUCAAGGCUCGUGUACAUGAAACGGUCAGCAUAAAAAAGAAUCGAUUAACCGAUGGCAUGCGCAGCGUUGCAGAUUGCCAGGAAAUUUUGAACGUCGCUAAGGAAGACUUCCUUAACAUCCUCAGGAAGUUAAUGGAUGAAUCUCAUGUCUUUGACAGUGAAAAGACGUCAUUCCGCUAUUACUGUGAAGCGGUCAUGGUGUUUCGUCACUUUCAGCUCCCAGGAGCUGUGGAGGGCAUGACUGUGAAAGAGUGGAAGAGUAGAAAGCAUAUUGGUGGCAGGGCUCUGAUUGGCAUCCGCCACCACAGAACAACAACACAACAGAUCGUCACACUUGCCUUGACACUGGAGGAGGAAGCUUGGUUACAGGCGUACUACAAGGAAAUUCGCCCUGGAUAUCUCAAGGAUAGUUGCGACAAGUUUUUCAUUUCAUCCCAUGGCAAACCUCUUCACAGUGUCACAAAAGACGUCUAUCGACUCCAUGAAAGCUACAAUCUCCAACCUGCCAGUAGUAUUGAGGUCCGAAGGGCUGCUGAGGCACAGGCAGCAGCAACAUUUAUGAAGAACCAAAAGGAGGGUGUGGCACAUCACAUGGCCCAUAACAGUUUUCUGGCCAACCAGCAUUAUCGAAUGCGAUUGCCAAAGGUUAUAUUGGCCAGAGCUCUAAUGCUGGAAUCCUUGAUUGACACUUCAGAGACCUGCCCUCCACCAAGUAAGGACGACCAGCCUUCCGAGCCUACCGAAAAAGACUUUUCUACCUUCAUCACCACAUUCCCAGUUUCCACAGAAGGCCAGCCACCAGGAAAAAGGAAGAGGGUCGCUGCAGGGUUCCCAGAAUCUUCCCAGUAUCUCCAGAGACAGGAACAUCUGCUGUCAAAAUACAUCCAUCAGAAACCAUCAGUCAGGAAAUUGGAUAGGCAGAUUAAGAAGCAGGGGUGGACAGCCAACCAUCCAACUCCAAAAGAGAUCCGGCAGAUGUGGAAACCAGCCUCCAAACUGUCCAUUGAGGGUGAUGCUCACACUUACAAGAAAACAAUUCAGCAGAAUUGGAAAGGCCUGGUCACCCAAGACUUUGGUGGAGAGAAAGGGCUAAGAGUGGUUACAACCAAGCCUUUUGCCGAAGGUGCAGUUGUCUGUGAUUACCAUGGAAUCAUCACCACAGCUGCUGAGGGGAGACAAAUGAUGAGCCACAACUCAGAAGAAGACAUGCGUGGCCUGUUUUUCUUCAGAGCUGGGCAGACGGAACUCUGCAUUGAUGGCCACAGUCCAUGUGAGUGUCACGGAGCCGACACUUUUGGAAGAAGGAUCAAGCAUUCUUCGAAAAAGAGCAACCUGAAGCCACUUCACUGCGUCUUCAACACAGGAGAAGGUGAAAAGCAAGCCAUCCUCUUCAAGGCUGUGAAGGACAUUGACACAAACACUGAACUUUCUUUUGACCACGGUGCCAAGAGGAAGUUCUUCCGAGGAGAGGGCCUGGACCUGAAAUGGCUGGAUGAGUAGAAUAGUCAUGUCGAUGACAGGACUUAACAUCUUGUUGUUACAACAUCAACAGUCCCAGUGUGUAUCCCAGUACUGGAUACCUGCUGGAACUAACAAUGCAUGUACAUGUAUGUAAAUAGUUGUUAAUUGCAUUCAUUUUUUAACUCUUAAAAAAAGUGUGCAUUAAUUAUUUUGUAAAUGUUUUAUUAAAAAAGACACAUGCACACUUAUGUUAAUAGUUGCAUGAUUGAAUACAUUUUCUACUCCUAUAUUUCUUUCUUGGUUUUAUUUUGAUGUUGUGAAUUAUUGCUUUUGAAAAUUCAAUUUAAAAUGACCUCAGCUUGAGCAGGUGAGUAGGUCUUACCUGUACACCAGGCCCAGCUGAACACAAAAAAACAACAAGGGCAAUAAACACAUGUUCACUCUCACUGAGAACAUGUCAGCUCAAAAGGGUCAAUUAGGCCCCCAGA